GUAAGAAGUCAUCUGACCAGAAUAUGUACCAUUAUGGUUUCAGACCUCAGAAGCACUAUACCAUAAUGUUCCUACAGCCAAAUACACCAGUGCCUUAUGCUUUUGGACAAUAUGCAAACAUGCACAACGGUCCCAUGUUUCCACCAAUACAAAUGCACAACUUCAGUAGUCGUCCCUAUGGCAACCUGUCAGGAGAUCCAUACUUUUCUCAGAAUGGACAUGUUGAAUACCAUCAUUUUUAUGGUACAAAUCCCCAAUAUUCCAUGCCUGGCUGGCCCUAUGGCUCCUUCAAUGCAGUUCCACCAUACAAUCCCUAUAUGAAUUACAAUCACUCUCAAGUCCAACAGAAACCAACCCCCAACACCUGGCCAGAGGGCUUCACCAUGAAAGGGGAGCUUCAGUGGGGCCGGCUAGACAGAGUUUUUGGUGUAAGACGUGAAGUUCCAGAGUUUGUCAAGGAGGACCUUCGUAGGGUAUACGGGACCUAUCCCAGAACAUUUGUGUCUAUAACUUACCAGAAUGGUGAAUAUCUUGUUAAAGGGGAUCCCAAGGUUGGAGAACAGGAGUAUACCAUUGAAAAGAAAGUUAUAAGACAACAGCCCACUCCAACAGAUUCAGAGGAGGAAUUGAAUGAAAAGAGACCUAGCAAGAAAAGAAGAAAACCACGACGUUAAAAUAUUGUGUAAUAUUCCAACAAAGACAUUGACAGUUUUAUUCCAUGACCCACAUGGUCAGUAAUCAAUAACUAGUAUAUACCAGCUGCCAAUUGUAUUGCUUUGUUGUGUUUUGUACUGUAUACCAUGAUGAGUAUUGAUGAAUGAUUCUUUUUUCCCGUUUAACCAUAUCCAUUGGUAGUUUGUGUCAUUCCAGGUCUAAAACCGUUAUUGCGAGAAGGUCAAAAGGAUGCUGGUUUAAUCCUCUGUUGGAUGGGAUUGGGUUAACAUUGUAGGCGCCCCCUUGGGAGCCAUAAGGACAGGCAGGACUUGACCGAUAAAUAUGCAUAUCAGAUUUUUAUACCAGGCAAUUCCUUGUUGGACAAAAGCUGGAGUGUUCAUGUCCAAUCGUAUUCCUAGUUAACAUCUAGAGCCUUCGACCCCUUUCACACUGAGUUUUUCAGGCGGUACAGUGCUAAAAAUAGCGCUGCUAUACCGCCUGAAAAACUCCUGC